UCCUUCUAGGCAGCCAGAUUAAAACUGCCCCUCCGUCCCUUCUAUUUUCCAGGAGACUGAAGUGCCUCCAGGACCUCUGCCUUCCUUCCCGUUAGGCCCAGAUCAGCUCCAGAGAAGCCAAGAUGUCCAGCAAGCGGGCCAAAGCCAAGACCACCAAGAAGCGUCCCCAGCGCGCCACCUCCAAUGUCUUCGCCAUGUUUGACCAGUCUCAGAUCCAGGAGUUCAAGGAGGCCUUCAACAUGAUAGACCAGAACCGGGACGGCUUCAUCGACAAGGAGGACCUGCACGACAUGCUAGCCUCGCUAGGCAAGAACCCCACAGAUGAAUACUUGGAGGGCAUGAUGAGUGAGGCUCCGGGCCCCAUCAACUUCACCAUGUUCCUCACGAUGUUCGGGGAGAAACUCAACGGGACCGACCCCGAGGACGUCAUCCGCAACGCCUUUGCCUGCUUCGAUGAGGAGGCCUCAGGAGUCAUACACGAAGACCACCUGCGGGAACUGCUCACCACCAUGGGUGAUCGGUUCACGGACGAGGAGGUGGAUGAAAUGUACCGAGAGGCUCCCAUCGACAAAAAGGGCAACUUCAACUAUGUAGAAUUCACUCGCAUCCUCAAGCAUGGGGCCAAAGACAAGGAUGAUUAGCACUAGUCGCCCCUUUCCCUCCACUCCCCAUCCCGCCACACACCUACGCUCCUCCUUGUCCUCUUCCUCCUCCUCCUCCUCCCAGAGAGCACCCUCACUGCCUUGAUGAGAACCCCUUUCUCCUUCUUCCGCUUCUCCUCCUCCUCUGAAAUGGGCCCUCAGAGGGCAGAAUUGCCAGCAGUUAGCGUUGAAUCCCUACAAGACAUUGUGAUGGUUCGGACCUAGGGCGGUGAGUCCGUGUCUGUUCACAGGAUGGGUGUGUUCCGAGGAAAAAAAGCAGGAGGGUUGGGGAGGAUUCUCUGACCAAGAAAAGUGCUGGAUGCCACCCGCCCGACGGCAGUUGGACAGAUGUAGCCUUCCCUUAGGUGGCUUGCCCUGUCUUCUGGGAUCAGAGCAGCAGCUUUCCUAUAAUCAGUCAUAUUCAUCGAGCGCUUACUGUGUGUGGAGCACUGUACCUAAGCACUGAGUUAGUGGACAUGCUCCCUGCCCACAUGAGCUUAGAGUCUCAAGUCCACCUCUCCCUUUUCAAUUUUCGCAACUCUAAAGAUACCCUCCUUGGCCUACUCGUUCGGCCUCAGCAUCCCCUCUGAGCUGCCUAGUGGGGGCAGAGAAAUGAGAAGGGCAGAAUCACCAACCUGCUUUGGCUUAGGGGGAGAGACCUACUGGUAGGUAGCCCAGACCUCUGUUUUCUGGUUGAGAGCGCAAGCCGUGAGACCGGGCCUAAGACCUGGCUGCAAGCUGUGUCCUCCUCACACUCCGAGCUUUGAGGCAAAGCUUCCCAGACAACCCUCCUUCACAAGCUCUGUCACAUUCCCAAGGGACACACACAGCCCUUCACCCCAGAGUUCUUAGAUCCCUCCAGAGCCCUAUCCCUGCAGAUGGAAUAGCUCCAAAAAGGAUUUUUCCCAAGGCUCUGCUGAAGGCCCAGCUUCCUCUCGGUGGCAGGGACGGGGCGGGAAUCUAGAUACCAUAUUUCCCUGCCUGGCGAGCAGCCUCAGCUCUGCCGGUUAGAGCCUGGUCCAGGACAGUUGUCGUCGACGAAGCAAAGUUGUUUCAGGCUGCACCGGUGACUCCCCUCCUCCCAACGCCCCCUUCCACAGCUGUGACCCCCACACCACCCUCCUUCAGGCACAAGUGUUUCACGGAGGUCCCCUGAGGUGAGAGCACAGGACUCCAAACUCACAUAUAUUUUUCUGUGGCUUCAGAGUCUUUCAUUGGCAAGAUCUUUAAAAAAAAAAGAAAGAGAAAUUAUGGAAAAUAUAAAUAUCAAACACAA